AUCCUAUGGACGAAACAAAAGAAAGAGCAUCAUCCAGCAGCUCAGCAACUGAUUUGCUCAAACAGGGAGCAGCCUGCAAUGUGCUGUUUAUAAACUCAGUGGAAAUGGAAUCAUUAACAGGCCCUCAGGCCAUCGCCAAAGCAAUCACUGAGACACUGGCUGCGGAUAUCCCUCCCUCUGCUACUAUUGUCCACUUCAAAGUCUCCACACAAGGCAUCACCUUGACAGACAACCAGAGGAAGCUGUUCUUCAGACGACAUUACCCUAUCGUUACUGUCACCUUUUGUGAUGUGGACCCACAGGACAGAAAGUGGACUAAAUCAGAAUCUGGUGGUGCUGCCAAACUCUUUGGCUUCGUGGCUAGGAAACAAGGCAGUACAACGGACAACGUUUGCCACCUCUUUGCUGAGCUGGACCCAGAUCAGCCAGCGGCUGCCAUUGUCAAUUUUGUUUCCAGAGUUAUGCUUGGCUCCUCUCACAAGAGAUGAACUGUGGCUUCCCCUUUGCAGGGGGCUUCUUGCCCUUGAAUUUUGACAAAGGACUUGGAGUUGUUCCGAGAAGUAGUGUGAGGAAGUGCAUCGUGAAGGAGUGAUGUGAACUGAUGGGGUGGGAAGGGGAAGGUUUAUAUAUAUAUAUAUAAAAGUGAUCUGAAUUGUUGGAAGGCUGAAACCAACCAAACACAUGUAUGUAGCAGAGACCAAGGAACUGACACCAUUGUCUUUCCCUGCCAAGAUCAAGAGAUGGAAAUAAUUUUGGCUUUUGGAUCAGCACAAAAAUCAGAGAAUUCAGUCCCACAGGCCAAAGUAUGAAUCUUAGUAACUUUGUGGGAUAGGCCUAUCUAGUAGUUGCUUGUUUAGAAAAUAAGGCAAAAAUGAAACCGACUCCAAUAUCCAUGACUAUAUGAGCUUCAGGAAAUAAUAUCCAGAGAGAUGCUAAAAUCAUUUUAAAAAGCAAAUGCUCCCAGUUCAACUACUGCUGAAAGUAUGAAAUAUGUCUGUAUGAGUGUGUGUGCACAUGCAUGUGGUCUGUCUGUGAUAUGCACAUAUUUUAGUAUUUAACAUGAGGCUUUACUCUUGAGGCUUCUUGCCUCUGAUGGCGAUUCAGAACAUGUAUCUCAUUCCCCAGAGGUCACAGCCCUCUGUAACCUGGGAAAUAAACUUACAAACAACAGUUAGCAGUACGAGAAUUGCAGUGCAAGCAGAAAGUAUUUAUUUUAACCAGUAGUCACACUCAUCCCCACAUGCAUGUGCACCUACCAAUCUGUACAAAAGAGUUUCAAAGCUGAGAAUCUCUUUUUCAAUAAUAGUUUGUGGAGCAUGCUAGCCAAAGCAAAAUAUGCUAGUAUACUGUCAGAGUCAGAGACUCAGAAUAAAUUGUCUGAAGAAUCUCUUUCCCGGAAAUGUUAAAACACUAGGAGUUGGGGAAUGCCCUUCCUUUUGAGUUUAGGAUAAAAACAGUUCUGACCAAGCUUAUCCUUUGGGAGACAUACACGUUGUUUUGGAAGUUGCAUGGAAAUAGAGCAAAGGCAAGAUGAAUAAUCCAAUAAUUGGAAGGGGGUGGGAAUUCUUUUUUUUUUAAGCCAUGAAGAAUAACCAUUAUAAAGACUUACCCUGUUAAUGGCUCUAGCUGUUUCAGAAAGACAGUGGCCAUAUGGAGAUUCAGUAUGUAGCAAAAUUAGCUCAUUAUUUUUGCAUUAUUAAGCUUUAUUUUUGCUUCUGGGGGCAUCAACCAGUAGAUUUUUGCACUGACCUGCUAAUAACGUUACAUUAGAUUGACAUUUAUUAUAAAAAGGGAGACUGUUCAUUUAUGUUGCAUAUCAUUUCAUGCAAAGCAACUUCAUAUCCUUUUCAAAGUAAAUGAGAAAAAUGUAGCAGUUGCAGAAAAAUUGUAUUUUCUUAUAUUUAACACCAUGGUUGAAUCCUUCUACUAGAAUGAUUUUUGCCAUUUCUAAUGGAGGCCACAUAUAUACUAUUUGUAAACUGUUCAUGCUUGGUAUCUAUCAAGGAGAGAAUGAAUAAUGUGGAUUGAUCUAUCACAUAGAAUUUCCAUAAUUUAAUGAGAAUUUCUCACUAUCUUCCCAAACUUCUGCAAUUGGCAAUUUUUAGAUUUAAAGAUGUGCUGAAUAGAUAACAAGAAGCUUUUUCUAUCAUCCAUUCUGCCUAUGGGUUUAUUGUGAAGUUUUCAAUAUUAGGCUAGAUUCAAGAAAGCCACCGUUGUUUUGCAAUAUAGCAACUCACCCAAACUGGUUCAAAAACCACAUGCAUGGAAAUAAUAUGAAACAUUCUACCCCAGAUUCUAUUAAUAACCUAAAACCUAUAAAAUUUUGUUCACUGCUACUGAAAUGGCAGGUGCAAUUCAACAAUAUGUAAUUGAAAUCAUUGGAAAGCAAUUGUUGACCAAAAUGCUAUAUAGCAAGGUGGACCUAAGUCUUCGCAGGUCUCCAACACCACUGAUGUCCCCCGACACAAUUCAGUGGCCUCCACUAGAAACCAUGAAUGGAAGUUGGUCUCUCCAUCAAUUUUGUUCUAGCACAAAUAGUGAAGAACAGAAAUAUUUUUGGGAUGGAGACCAUGUUGAUGAGACCCUUCAUACAAACUCAUGCAGUAUUCAUUAAAAAUCAGUACGACAACUUGCAAGACAUACAGUCACCUAAAUUCCCCUGGCAUUUUCAUUGCCUUCUUAUAUAAUAUGUAUGUAUGUAUGUAUGUAUGUAUGUAUGUAUGUAUGUAUGUAUGUAUGUAAGUAUGUAUGAAAUAUACUGACAAAAUAAUGUAAGCUAAUCAAUAUUUUUUUUUCUAAAAAAAAUGAAAUUUACACAAAGUAUUUAUUUUUUUGUUUUGGGCCCUGUUGCUUUUAUUUUUUAGCUUUGAUUUUUGCAGCUCCCUUAAUUUCUCCUACUCUGUAGAAUAUUAUCUGUGUGACUAAUCUGUCACCUCCAGAUGCACUAGGAUUCCCCCCCCCCUCCCUAAAAUUCUGGGAUUCUUGGUCCUAAUAUAUCUGGAAAAUACCAGGUCGGGGGAGUGGUGACAGUAUAAAUUUUUCAUUUUGUUAAUGUGAUUAUCCUGAGCAAAGUGUCAAAACACGAGGUCAGUUUCAUCUUCUGAAUGCUGUAAAAGCAGCACCUUCUAAUUUUAUGCCCCAGGGCAAUGUCAUUAUGCAAUGUUCCUUAUCCACCCCCCUUUGUUCAUCCUCUGCCUGAGCAAAUGAGCACGAAUGCAUUUGUACUUUAUUGCUGAAUGAUGUGAGGGGUAACGGUGCACGUAUGUGUGAAAGUGUGCGAAGAGAUAUUCAUUUCUGGAUAUUGUUGUAUAAAGCAUGAGUUUUGCAAUGGAGAAUUGUUGAGACAGGUACUUGGAUGGAGUGGGAACAUCAGUUUUUGGCAUCAUCAUCAUCCAGGCUCCAAGCCCCAUCCCUAGCCAGAUGGGAUACUGGAGACUGUGAGAUUUAUUCUUUAUGUUUGUUCUAAAUGUCUCCUUCUGAAAAAUUCAAGCAAGAUGAUUUCCCCCUCCCCCUUCCUCACCUGCAACUGUCUCACCCUGCCAUUAACCAAUUAGAAAACGACUGUGUCUAUAUAGAUAUAUAAAUAUUAUAAAUAUAUAUUUUUUUUGAAAGUUUCUAUUUUUCAUAUUUCAUUUUUCCCCAUUGCUUUCAAAAUUGUCCCCGUACUCGGUGCUUGCUACCUUGUCACAGGAAAAGUAUAUUGAAAGUUAAUGGUUCAUGCCUUUUUUUGACACUCAGAUGAACAGUAAGUUGAUAUAAGUAUCCACUAGUCACAUAUCAGUAAAUACAUUGAUAGGCACAUGCAUGUGAACAAAAUAUCUGCUUCCAGCCAUGCCUUGCGCACUGUUCCUGUACUAACUCACAAGCUAAAGAUGGAAAGUUUCUCUUUUUAGCCUACUUGCUAAGGCAAAGCCUAAUCACAUUAUAUAGCUUGUUGCUUGUCCAGCUUGUAUCAAGACAGUGCUGCGUUUUAGGAAUAAACUUGUACUUAUGUAGAUCACCUUCCUGGCCCUUCUCUCAGUCAGGGUUCUUAAAGUGUAUGUGAGGCAGAACACCCAAAAGGACAGUUUCUAGAAAAAAAUGGGAAAUUUGACUCACCUCUAAAUGCUACGAUUUUUUUGCAUAUGUUGGUUGGGUCGGAAAAUGAUGACUUUAAUAAACUUUCCUCAAGUGGCAUGUUGGGCUAUUCCCGUAAUGUGUGAGGAUGUAGACUAAAGACUAAAAACUCAACCCUUCAUAAGAACUGAAAAGGGCAACUAGUUUUCAUUUUAUUGCCACAACUUUGGUUUUAUCUCCUCUUUUUCUAGAAUCUCUAAUAGAAGGUUGUUAGGCUAACCCAUUUUUCAUUAACCUGAUGUCGUCUCAAUGGGACUAUAAGUCCCAGAAUUUCCAAUUAGCCUAUGGGUUAAUGUGAUCAAGGAGUUCUAAGAGUGCCCAAACCACACUAGCUAGUGAGCAGCCAAUUGAGAAAGGCUGGUCUAAUUCAUGUGCCUUAUUCACUGGUUCAUCUAAUGAUUUGCUCCAGAUGUGAGUGAAUGACUGGCUAUAUCAAUCUUCUUCUUUUUUUGGACUUAAUCACAAAUCCAACUUUAUCAGUGGCACAAAGAAAAUUUUGUGAUGCAGGGCAGACAGCCUCUGGUUCAGGCUCAUUUACUUUGCCUUUCUUGAGCUUCAAACCCUGAGAGAGCUGUUUGUUUGAUUCUGAGAUUUUAGGGAUAUCAGCAAGCAGGCUUUUCUCUGGAAAAAAAACCCCUCCAUUCAUGUCCACCACCUGGGACUCAGGUCUAAUGUAAUUUUAGCACAUGUAUGUUAUGUAAUGAUUUAGAAGAUGUUGGAUUUUAUACAGAAUGCACUCAAAGCACCCUCUGCGCACAGAGUAUUACAUAAUCUUGCCAAAGAAACCUAUUUGAAAUGCACUUUUCUUCGUUGUACAUUUAUUCUGUGUGGCUCUGCCCUCCCCCCCCCCAUUUUAAAAACUCUUUUGUUUAAACUGUGUUUGCUAGUGCAUUUUCCUCUAGCAAUUUCUGAAAUUUUGUCUUGGAAUAAUUGGGUGAUAUAGCUAAUUGUAUAUGUAGCUUGAUAUUUAAAGAAAGUUCCUAAGCAGUAAAACAGCCAAAUUAUAUUGCAUUUGUGAGAGAGAGAGCAGGAGGUAAGCCAUUAUAAACUCACCGACCUUAAACUACAACAUUAGUUCCCUUCGGGCUAUUGUAUGAAACUCUCACAGUGGUUUGUUUAAAUCUCAUGUCUAAAAGUAGCUAUUUUCUAAAUUUCCUUCUCAGCAGCAUUAAUAAAUAAAAUCUGACAAAUAAAUAACAUUUAAGCAGGCCCAGGCUUAUUAAUAACACAGCAUCUUCGUUUAACUGGGACAGAACGUCAACAGACCGAAGAGUGCUCAGGAGUAUUGUCUCUUCUCAGUCUCCCCUCUUGCCACUAUGUCCUCCUGUUGUCAUUAGAUGUAUCCUCAGUGUCAAUAUGGAAGAAAAACAAUGUCCUGAUUUGUCAGUAUAGAUUAAAGAAGCCACCAUCUUGUCCUUUCUCAUUAGCAGCAAAUUGGUCUUGGAUUAGCAUAAUGUUAGAGUCAAGAAUGUGCCUUUUGGGCAGACAUUGGCCCAAAUGAUUAAAAAAAAAACAACCCAGCCACAUUGGACCAAUAGCCCAACAGGCAGCUUAUAUAUCUGUUUCCAUCUGCAGUUAAAGUGAAUGCACUGGAGAAACAAAUGGGAAAAGGAAACAGGACUGAGUUACAUCUUCUGGCAGUAAUUAGUUUGAAUAGUUCAUAAAAGGUUGAUUCGAAACAGGCUCUAUUCAAGUUAUUUUUGUGCUGUGUAUUUAAGAAAUAUUUGGCAAAAGAGCAAGCUGGUGAUAAGACGUAUCCUGCUAAAUUUCAGGGCAAAUGUUACACUGACUUCAUGGAAUAUCUAUGUAAGGCACACUGAAAAGUAAUCUGAAAUACUAGCUUUUGAUCUGUUGCCCUCUGCCAUUUUUCACUAUUAAUAGCAAGACUAUCUCUUCGCUAACAUGAUCAAGGACCACUGCUGGACCUUUCUUCUAUGCAUUAAAUGAAGUGGUUUAAACAAAUAAACACACAAUUAUAUUAUCA